UGCAGUCGCUUCCAUUGAUUUCCUUUUAAUGGAACAACGAGCAGCGAGGAACAAACUGAAAUUAGAUUCACAGCAAAGAAGCAACCAUGUAUGAAAUCGGACGUGUCCCAUUGAUCGCUGUACUGGACAAAAAAAACAGUAACAUAGAUACAGGAUCAGACUGAACAUCUCUUAGAUACAGUGGUGGAAAAGUUUUCAGACACCCUUAAAAGUUCACACAAUUUCUAAUGUUAUCAUGAAAUAUGUGUGGAAAAUCUGUGUUUCAAAAGGUGUGGCUGCAUUAGACACAAACACAAAUUCUAUAUUUUUUUGUUUAUUUACAAGAAAAACUGACAAAACUAAAUUCUUGACAGUUUUAAUACAUCAGUUCUCAACAUUGUCGGUAUCAAAGUUAAACAAAUAACAGAGAAUGUGUUUAAAACUGAACAAAGAGGAAUACUUUGGAUUUUAGGCACCCCUAAAAGAGGUUUUAGACGGCGCCAAAUGAAAAUUACAACCCCCAGAUUUAAAACAAUUAAAAAUAUAAAGAGUUUUGCUUACUGGGGUUUAAUUUCUCAAGCAUAUUCAGCAUUUUUGCUUGUUAUAUGGUCAGAAAUAACAGUAAAAUACAUAUUUUUCUGUCAAAUCAGCGGCACAGGCUCAUUUAUUUUUACUGUACACGGCUGAUCAUACUUUUAUGAAAACUCCAUAUUUUAAAAUUUUUAAAUCUGAAGAAUCAAAUGUUUUAGCUUCAUCAAGAGCCAAAUGAGAUUAAUGACUUUUAAACGUCACAGAAAACCUCCUGUUGGAUGAUUCUGUCCUUCAGUUACACCUGUGUUGCAUUGUAGCACCUGGUAAUGAAUAGUUUCUCUGUUUGGUGUUGAAUAAUAACUUCAGUGGCUGUUAUUUCCUCAAGUAGUCGUUGGUUUCUGGUCUGUGACACUCAGAAAGCUCAUAGUUAUAAAUCUGUGAUUCUGUCUGUGUGUAAAUAUCCACGCCUGAAGAGUCAGAACUGCUGCAAUCAUUCAUAUUUCUUAUAAAAAGUUUUUAUUUCAUUCAUUGGCAAAAGAAAAUUAAAAGAACAAUUUGAAAAACUAUUCCAAAACUAAAAUUAUUUAAAAAACUAUUUUUUAAAACUAUUCAACAAACUAUUCAAAAAAAUAAAUACAUAAAAUAAAAUACAAAAAUAUAUUCAAAACAACAAAAAUAUUCAAAAAAAUAAAAAAAUUCAAAAAUACUAAAAAAUAUUUAAAAAAUUCAAGACAAUUAAAACUAUUCAAAAAGCAAAAAAAUAUUCAAAACAACAAAAAAUAUUCUAAAAAAUUUUAAAAAAAUCAAAAAUACUAAAAAAUAUUCCAAAAAUUCAAGACAAUUAAAACUAUUCAAAAAGCAAAAAAAAAAAAAUUUAAAAAACUGUUCAAAACAGCAAAAACUAUUUUUAAAAUGUUCCAUAAAAAUAAUAAUUUGUUGUUGGUAAAGUGAACCUAACUUGGCUGCUCUAUAAAACUUCAUUACAAAACUGUUCUAAAAUCAUAUUGAAGUGCACAUGGGCAUAGUUUAAUCAAAAUUCAAUUUUUUUGUUUUAUUUUCUUGUACAUGAAUUCACUGAGGCUGCCUAGUUGCAAGAUGCUCUUUAAAUGUAGCUUUUUCUGUCAUCCAGCUCCACUUUGUUUUUUUUUCACGUAUGUGUGCAUCUAAAAUGCUUCUUGUGCUUUUCACACACUGAAGGCAUCUAUAAAAUGUCAAAUCCUGUUUCCUGACUGUUUUUAGGUUGUAAAAUUUGUCCUUUUCACGUAGAAUCAGCCUGAUGUGCAUUUAAGCCUGGAAACAACCACACUGGAGGCAAGAAAAAUCUGUCCUUUCACAUUAAAAGUCUGUUCAAGUGAGGGUGAAUCUGAUUAAGGGCAGAAAUAUUAAGAAUUCACAGAUUUUUAGUUUAUCUUCCUGGUAAACUGAAUUUCUUUGUGUUUGGACUGUUAAAGCUCUCUGUGAAGUCUAAAAUGAGCUAAUAUAUACCCUUACACACCGAUACUUCUGCUGCAGUUUGAAAUAAUUGAAGGAGAUCAGGCUUUUCUGGAGAUAGAAACAUGAUUAUGAUCCACCUCUGAGAUCAGAUUCCAGCCCAGUGCACCACCUCUGUCCUGCUUUUCAUUCAGAGGAUCAGCUAAGUUCAGGCUCCUCUGGGCUCAAACAGAAACAAACGAUUGAAUAUUUCGUGGCACAUUUCAGCCCUAAUGACUGGCAGGCAGCUGGCAGGCAGCUGGCAGGCGGUUAUUUCACGCUGCUGGGAGGGAAACGGUGACACAGCGCUGCAGCACCAUCGAUUGUUUUGGUCUAUAAGCCGAGAACAACCAGAGGCAGCAGGGAUCGCUUGUUUUAGUUCAGUUUUUAUCCAUCAGCUGACGCUGGAAACUGUCCUGAGUGAAGAGUUUUCCUUCUAGAGGAGGAUAAAGAAGAUUAAAAAGAUGUGUACGUAGGACUGAAGAACAGAAUCGGUGGCUUUACUGCAAAAAGGCCUUUAAUGAUGCAUUUCAUAUCGAAGAUGAGAGGUGAGUUCACCCGUUUUAAACACAUUCAUGAGCUUUGCAGACAUUUUAAACACUGUUUCGUUGAAUUAAAACAGUUUCACAGUUAUUGAUUUCUAUUUGAUCUGACUGAUGAAGUGUUUUAUUACACUGCUGUUAAAUCUGUGCAACGCCAGUGGGCAGGAACAUGUUAAAUGACCCAGAAUACCACUUUAAAACUGUCAGAUUGAGUGUUUUUAUUAGCAUCUGAUGUGUUCAGGUUCAGCUGUAACUGGGUAAACUUGUUUUAUAACUGGGUAAACUGGUGCUAUAACUGUUCCCAGCAGCGGUACAACAAGUAUUUGCAUCUUUUAUUUAGGAGAAAUGUUACCUGCAUUUAAAAUCUGACUUCAAAAGUGCAGAAAGAUUAAACAUACACACUUGUAUUGAUAGAAAUAUUCAGCAGGCAGCAGAACGUAGCCUAGCUUCUUUAUAUAUUGCUCUGUCGUUUGAUUUUAAACUAUAGUUUUAAAACAGUGUUUUACUGUGUAAGAUCGAGACAUGGAAAGUAACAGGUAGCCGUUUUGACUCAUCUGUUUUCUUUUAUAUCUUUUGUAUUUUGGCUCAUACGUGAGAAAUUAUGGGACUUAAAUGCCAGAUUUAGAAACAGUUCGGCCUCUAGAGAGCACUGAUGAAGCAUUUUAUCUCCAAAAUAUCACCUCAGUAUUUAUGUUGCUCUCAGUUCUUCAAAAAUCACAAUUAUACAAGAUUUAAGUUAAAAAUACUUUUUGUCUUUAAACUUCAGUACCAAAUGAUACACUCCAAAAAAAUGGCCUACUUUCAGUUUUAACACAUUUAACAGCAGACAAACCUAAAUGUUCAUUCCUUGAACUAAUAAUUAACUCACUUGUCUGACUUUAUAUUUCUUAAACUAAUUCUAAUAUUCUUUAAGAACAAAUCUACAGAUCUGUUUAUGUUGUAAAAUCUAACAGAGAUUUUAAAUCCUCCCAAAAUUCCAGCAUCAGUCAAGCUGUUUUCUGUGUUCUUUCCUGAUUGCAGUGCUGCAGAUGUAAGAAAUGGGAGACUGGAACUUCCUGGGAGGGAUCUUGGAGGAGGUGCACAUCCACUCCACCAUGGUGGGGAAGAUCUGGCUCACCAUCCUGUUCAUCUUCCGGAUGUUGGUUCUGGGCGUCGCUGCCGAGGACGUGUGGAACGACGAGCAGUCAGACUUCGUCUGCAACACGGAGCAGCCUGGCUGCCGUAACGUCUGCUACGACGAGGCCUUCCCCAUCUCCCUCAUCCGCUACUGGGUGCUGCAGGUCAUCUUCGUGUCCUCUCCCUCGUUGGUCUACAUGGGCCACGCCAUCUACCAGCUGCGAGCUCUGGAGAAGGAACGCCACUGCAAGAAGGUGGCUCUACGCCGGGAGAUGGAGGCCGUGGACGCCGAGCUGACGGAGGUGAAGAAAAGGAUCGAGAAGGAGAUGAGGCAGCUGGAGCAGGGGAAGCUGAACAAAGCGCCGCUGAGAGGCUCUCUGCUGUGCACCUACGUGGCCCACAUCGUCACCCGCUCAGUGGUGGAGGUCAGCUUCAUGAUGGGUCAGUACAUCCUGUACGGACACCGUCUGAACACACUGUACAAGUGCGACCGGGAGCCGUGUCCUAACGUGGUGGACUGCUUCGUGUCCAGGCCCACCGAGAAAACUGUGUUCAUGAUGUUCAUGCAAGCCAUCGCCUGCAUCUCCCUGUUCCUCAGCCUGCUGGAGAUCAUGCACCUUGCAUACAAGAAGGUCAAGAAGGGCAUCCUGGAAUUUUACCCGCAUCUGAAGGACAAUCUGGAUGAUUACUAUGGCAACAAGUCAAAAAAGAACUCGGUUGUGCAUCAGGUUUGUGUGGGAACCUCUGCAGGACGCAAGUCCACCACCAUCCCCACAGCCCCCAGUGGAUACACAUUACUGCUGGAGAAGCAGGUCAACGGGCCCAACUACCCCCUGCUCAGCGCCUCCUCCGCCUUCGUCCCCAUACAGGGGGACACCGGUGUGAGGCUGGACAUCCACAAGGACGGAAAGGAGGGAGUACCGAGCCCCACAGAGCACAACAGCAACUCCAACAACACCAGCAGCGACACACGGUCGCCUCCUGCAGACAAACAGGACGAACCAGAAGAGACGCCUUCACCCCGACAUGAGGAUGAGGAGUAUCCAACCCUGCCGGCAGCACACGUCUCGGCCUGCUCCGCUCUGUCUGGCAUCACCAGGAAGUCGAGGAGGAUCAGCCCACAGUGGAACUGCUCCACGGUGAUGGAGAACAACGGCUCGGACAGCGUAGACUCGUACCACGGCAGCAGCACGAAGCUCCGCAGCAGCUGCCACGGUCCCAGAGCCAGGAUUCACUCCAAGUCAGACAUGAAGAGGUCGAGCAGGUCGCAGAGUCCAGACUCUGUAGGAGAACUGAGCUCAGUAUCCAGACACAGCAGAGAGAGCAACAGCCGGGACAGUAACAGUCCUACAGCCUCCCCUCCAAACCGCAGAGUGUCGGGGACGAGCAGCAGCAGCGGCAGAAGAGCUCCGACUGAUUUACAGAUCUGAACUUCAGACUCUGUUGGACACGUUUGGAUGUAAACGCGCUAACACUGCACCUUUAAAGCUCUUCAGAAGACUCCAAAACAAGCACUAAGAGCCUCUGGGACCAAGUGCAGUGGAGACUAUUCUCUUAGUAACCAAAGAGGAGCAUUUUUCCAGUCAUUUAAAAAGUACACAUACAGUGAAAAGCAUUUCCAACCACAGUACAGUUUUUCUCACAUUUCCAGGUCACGUACAGGAACCCAGAGUGACCUCUAAUGAUCUGACAAAAUGUAACAACUGCCCCCGAAUGAUUAGAGAGGAAUGGAAAACUCAGCCCCGGAUCUAUAAUGUUGUUAAGCAGCACUGCGCUGUUAUGUAACCGGAUCAUUUUAAAUCAGUGUCUGAAUUAAUUUGUUCCAACAGAAAAAAACACUCAUUUCUAUCCCACUUUACCGUCUCAUCAUUCAGGCACAUGAGCAGCAACGUCUGAAUUUGUGAUUUUAUAUAAAACUUAUUUUUUU